GAAGAGUUCUGGUUGUGAACUUACUGGUAUUAUCUAACCAGUAAAAAUAGAAGUGUACUCAGAGAAGGUACAGGAUGGAAAACUCAUGAUGAAUUGUUAGGGCAUGUUGAGCUGGUUCUGUCAAUGCCUGCAGUCAGAUGAUUUCACUGGCUGCACAAGAUGAAAUCUCAUAUUUCAAUGUAUAAGUAAAAGUGUCAAAGUUCAGCUGAAGCAGGGACGAAUACAGAACAAAAUUUGUGUGUGUUUGUAACUAGGGCACCAGAGCAAUAGAGGAAGCCAAAAUGAGCCGGAAAAGCAAAAGGAGUUUAAAGGAGAAAUUUGCCUUGAAGAACAGCUUGGUUAAAGAAGCCCUCUCAGAAUUCCUGGGAACUUUUGUACUGAUAACCCUUGGAUGUGGGUGUGUGGGCCAGGCUGUCCUUAGCCGAGGAGCCCAUGGUGGGCCUAUGACAGUAUCAGUUGGAUUUGCAAUGGCAGUCACCAUAGCAGUGUAUGUGUCUGGAGGGGUUUCUGGUGGUCACAUAAACCCAGCCGUUUCAUUAGCCAUGUGCGUGACUGGAAGAUUAAAAUGGACCAAAUUACCAAUUUACAUAUUAGCACAACUCCUGGGAGCAUUCACUGGAGCAGCGGCUGUCUUCGGGAUUUAUUACGAUGCCUUUAUGGAAUAUAGCAAUGGAACACUUGAAGUCAUAGGACCUAAUGCAACAGCACAUAUCUUUGCAACAUAUCCAGCUCCAUAUCUGUCCCUCAUAAAUGGAUUUGCAGAUCAGGUGAUGUCAACAGCUGUUCUUCUUCUGGCUAUAUUUGCUAUUUUUGACACCAGAAAUAAAAGUGUACCUAAAGGCCUGGAGCCGAUUGCAGUAGGACUUCUUAUAAUUGUUCUUACUUGCUCCUUGGGAAUGAACAGUGGCUGUGCCAUGAACCCAGCCAGGGAUCUAGGCCCAAGGCUCUUCACAGCCAUUGCAGGAUGGGGGAUGGAAGUAUUCACGGCUGGAAAUAAUUGGUGGUGGGUCCCUAUAGUUGCACCUAUGCUGGGAGGCGUACUUGGAGCAGUAAUCUAUAUUGUUUUUAUUGAAAUUCAUCACUCAGAUACUGAGCCAGGAGAAGAAAAUGACAUAUAUGAUAAAUAUGAACUGACCAACAUGGAAAGCUAGUGGAAUUAUUCACAACAGGAUGCAAUAGAGGCAAGGAUAAAAGUGUUUAGAGAAUUCAGCUCAGUGGAUGGUGGAAACUGUACCUUCUUGUAGUUUUGACUGUGGAUCUGUAUGAAUGUGUUGUGGUUCAAAAUAAAUACAGUCAAUCCCUAGUAAA